AUGGAGGCGCCUCAAUUCACUGAAACACAGCCUACUCAACAAUCACCUCCUACACAAACUCAAAACAGACUACAAUCAAAUCCAAAUCAAAUAUGUCAACUACUAUGUACCACGGGUCAAUACGCAAACAAAACGCUUAGUAUAACUGACAAACCCGAAGAAGAUGGUAAAAUUGUGUGGUAUUUUGGUAGAUCUGGAGAUGCUGAUUUACAACUCACAUCGUCGUCACGUUUAUCGAAUAGACAUUUUAUGAUUUGGUUUAAUUUGAAGGACAAUUCGUUAUGGCUUAGGGAUACAUCAACAAAUGGAACAUAUCGUAAUGGACAAAGAGCAGUAAAGGGAUCAAAUUAUUUACUCAGUCAGGGGGAUGAAAUAAGUGUUGGGAAUGGAGUUCCCAAGGAUGUGGUUAAAUUUAUUGUAGUGUUUACUGACCGGUUCAACCCUGCUUUGUCCCCCGAUACAAACAUCAAAGACGAGGGCAUUUAUAAGGAUUAUAUUAUCAAAACUGAAACAAUUGGACAGGGGGCGUUUGCUACAGUGAAGAAAUGCAUUGAACGAUCAACGGGGAAUUCAUAUGCGGUAAAAAUUAUAAAUCGAAGAAAAGCAUUGAGUAGCACAGGCGGUGCAAGUGCAUUAUCUGGAGCUGAACGUGAACUAUCCAUCUUGAGAAAACUACAUCAUCCAAAUAUCGUGUCCCUAAAGGGAUUUUAUGAAGACGCAGAUAAUUACUAUAUAAUCAUGGAGUUAGUGCCUGGGGGUGAUUUGAUGGGAUUUGUGGAAGAUUUUGGCCCUGUUGGUGAAGAAGCUACAAAAGUGAUUACCACGCAGAUCUUAGAAGGGAUAAACUAUGUACACCAAUUGGGAAUUUCACACAGGGAUUUGAAGCCAGACAAUAUUUUGAUCAUGCAAGACGAACCUAUUUUAGUGAAAAUUACAGACUUUGGGCUAGCCAAGUUUAGUGAUAACCUGACCGUUAUGAAGACAUUUUGUGGGACUUUGGCUUAUCUUGCACCUGAAGUGAUUACAGGAAAAUAUGGCCUGUCACAGGCGAGUCAAGCCAACAGCAAUUAUUCCUCGUUGGUGGAUAUAUGGUCAUUGGGGUGCCUAGUAUAUGUGCUUUUAACUGCACUUGUUCCUUUCCCAGGAAAUAGUCACCAAAAGAUGUUUGCAAGGAUUAAAAAAGGAGAGUAUCAAAAAGCUCCACUAGAUUCAUUUAAAAUCAGCAAAGAGUGCCAGGAUUUUCUUCGUUGUUGUUUACAAGUUAACCCCGAGGAUAGAUUUACUGCAGCCGAAGCUUUAAAGCAUAAAUGGCUUUGUGAAGAUGAACCACCUGAAUCUUCACAAAAACCAUUAAGUCUAUCACAGUCACAAUCACAACAAUCACGAAAAGUUGACAAUAGUCAGUUUGAUUCAUUGAGCAGAAUUGAUGAGGACUUUAUGCUUCGACCUUUGGAUAGUGAAAAGAACCGAAAGACUUCGAAACAGAAACAAAAUGAUUUUAAAGUCCCCAAGAGGGUGGUUCCAUUACCACAGUCACAAGUACCUGUAUCACAACCAUUGCCAAUGUCACAACCAUUGAAACGUCCAUAUCAAAUUGACCCUGUCACGAAUAAACUAGAUGGAUCUACCAAACGAGUAAAGUUGGAGCCUCAACAAGGAGCCAGUGGCAAUGUCUCUAUCAAGAAGGAGGAUUUGAUGGAUGACAGCGACGACACAACACUUUUGACGCUAGAUCCAAUACCAGAAUCUCUAUACACUAAGGCUAUACCGAUUUCAAGUGUCAGAUUUGCCAUUGGACGUGCUGAUGUUUGUAAUACUGCAAUUAGCGAUGACCGGUUGUCAAAGAUACAUUGUAUAUUCAAAAAGGACAAUGGCACUGUUUGGCUACUAGAUAUGAGCACCAACUCAUGCAAGGUUAACAAAGUUGUGCUUGGAAAAGGAAAGAAAAGACAAUUACUUGAAGGUGAUACAGUUUAUCUUUUCGAUGAUAAUAUUAAUAAAGAGUUUAUUGCGUUUACAGUGAGGUUGAGCGAACCAGACUUGGCGGAUGUCUCAAUGAAAACUUCGGAGAUCAAAGUGUUGGAACAAAGUUUGGAUGAUUUGAAAUUAAAAGAACUGCUCAUUGAAAGUAUGUAA